AUGGCCGCCUCAUUUGAUUACAUCGUCGUGGGCGGAGGUACUGCUGGUGUGGUGAUCGCGUCGCAACUCAAGCAAUACUUUCCUGACGCGCGCAUCGCUUUACUGGAAGCAGGAGCAGAUGCAGUGGACCACCCCGGCGUCAAUGAUGUCAGUGACCCACUGGAUUGGACGACACAUUUCCAGGAAGGCUUAAUGGUUGACUACUCAACCACGCCGCAAGAACAUCUUGAUGAUAGAAAGAUACCAAACCCGGUUGGACGCCUACUGUCCGGGUCAAGCGGCGUCAAUGUUGGCAUGUGGAUGCGCGCUUCCACUGCUGAUCUGGAUGUGCUUGCAGAAAGAGCAGAAACCUAUUUCGACACGACUGCGGAUAAAGAUCGCUACGGGUUUGAUGGACCAAUCCAUACUGUUGGAGGGCGAAAGUACCCGCUCAGGAACGCACUCCAAAAAAGUGCGGAGACUUUGGGCCACAAGUACAAUCCGAUCAAGGGUGAUCCAAUUGGUCUAGGAGAUAUCACGCAGUGCUGGCUUGCUACUUCCGAUACGACAGCUACACGGCAGCACAGUGCGAAGGUAUACAAACUCGACACUGUCGAAAUUUUCUGCGACGCUCCAGUAGCCCGUGUUUUACUUGACGAGUCGAAGCGAGCUAUAGGUGUUGAGCUAAUCUCUGGUGGACUGAUGAUGGCGAGCAAAGAAAUCAUCAUCUCGUGCGGCGCUCACAGAACUCCGCAGCUCCUGAUGCUUUCUGGCAUCGGCCCUUCGGAUCAUCUCACUCAACACGGUAUAUCUCAGAUCGUAGAUUCGCCCGCCGUUGGUCAAAACCUCAAUGAUCACAAUGUUAUUACACAAUACUACAAACUAAAAGACUCUUCGAAAGGCCUUGCUCGUCCUUUUAACGGCACAAUGAAACCUGAAUAUGGCCAAGGGCUUCCGUUUGAUUUCGUUCUCUUUGCGAGCCUCCCAGCGGCAGAAAUAAAGAGACAUCUGAAAGAGGACGGUAUCAAUUCCGAUGGCUUGAACGAGCAAAACCUGCUACUAAGGUCACACAGGAGCCACUACCUCAGUAUAGCAUGGUACUACCCACUUCUUGCCCACGCCAGCGCGUUUCCGACAGUCCAAGAAGAUGGUGCUCACAUUUCACUCUCCGCUUUCCAUAUGCUUCCCUUGUCUCGCGGUACCGUAACACUUCAAUCCGCCGAUCCGAGGGACAAUCCGGUCUGUAAUCCACGCUACCUGUCCACGAAGACAGAUCGCUUCAUCUUCCGGCAAGCCAUACGCGAGAACCUUCGUCUUGUCGAAACGGAGCCACUGGCCUCAGAGAUCGAGAGCGAAGUGCCUCCGGCAGAUCCGAGGUUCCCAGCGCUGACAACUACAAGCAGCGACGAGGAGAUCGAUGCAAGAAUCAGGGCUUUUGCAGUAACCAUAGCUCAUCCGAUGGGAACUUGCGCUCUAGGAACAGUGCUAGAUGAUAAGUUUAGGGUGAAGGGAAUGAAGGGGUUGAGGGUUUGCGAUGCUAGUGUGUUUCCGGAACCAAUUGCUGCGAUGCCGAGCUGUACGAUUUACGCGUUGGCGGAGUUGUGUGCCGAACUCAUUGCCAGUAACGCCUUGAAUGUGUUAUGA